AUGGAGGAAAUGGAGGAGGUUUGGAGGCGACCGAAACUGAAUGAUGAAGAAGAUUGUCCGAUAGAGAUACAGAAGAAAUGGACUGGUGUGAUGCGAGGGAAAGGAGAUCGCAGUCUGAUAGGGAAAAUUGUUCUGGAAAGAAGGAUCGGGAAGGAUACAGCCAGAAUUAUGAUGGAAAGAGUGUGGAAGGUAGUUAAGCCUCUAGAAUUUCAAGAAAUUGAUAGAAACUGUUAUGUUAUCACUUUUGUUUCCCGUAGAGAUAAAUUGAGAGUGAUGAAUGGUUGUCCAUGGCUGUUUGAGAAUCACCUGUUUGUUUUAAAAGAAUUUGAUGGAGAAACUCAACCUAGCAUGAUAGAUUUUGAUCAUGCAUUCCUAUGGAUUCAGAUGUUGAAUUUACCACUGAGCUACAUGAAUAAGAUGAUGGGGGAAGUAAUAGGGAGAUCUAUGGGGGAGGUUGUGGAGGUUGAUGUACUGGAAGAUGGAUCAGGUUGGGGUAGAUGUCUGAGGGUGAAGGUUGAAUAUGAUUUGAGAAAACCUUUAGCCCGAGGAAGAACAAUUGUAGUGGAUGGGAAGACAUGUUGGGUACCUUUUCAGUAUGAAAAGUUGCCGAGGAUGUGUUUUAAAUGUGGUAGAAUAGUCCAUGAAAAGGAAGGUUGUAAGGAGAGUGCUGAAAGCUCUAGCCAGUAUAGUGUUUGGCUUAGAGCUAUAACUCAAUUAAGAAAGACUACAGUACAGAAAGGGGAACAGAAAGAAAAAGAAAAAAGAGAGGAGAGGGAAGAUCAAGGGAGUCAAAAUUUGAAUAUUGUGAAGGAAGAUGGGGUAUUUCAAAAGGAUGAGAUUAGAGAAGAAAUGGAGGAAAUAGGAAGUAAAGCGAGAAAGGAAGAGAUCAAACUAACUGAGACUCAGGUUGGGGAACCACAAUCUCCAGACCUAUUGCAAGAUGUGAAUAAGGGGAGGCCAAGUGGGACUGAAAAACAAAAGGAGUUCCAGGUUUCUAUAUCUGGAAAUGAGCAGUUAAUUGAGCAUUUGUGUGUAGGUGAAGGGGAUAAUAGUAAGAGGGUCUCGAGAUAG